AUGGAAUACAACCAGGAUCUCCCCAAAGGCAAUCCCCAUAAACCAGUCUACUGCUGGGGCCACAAAGAUCUCCCCGCGCAGCGCGGCGUGGUCACGUAUUCAGUCUCGCCCAACAGGCUCAACCCGCUCGCAACCGCCCUGCACAGCGCCGUGUUCAACACGUACCGUCGAACAAAAAACCAGGUGCUGUACUGGGUCCCGCCGUUGGUCGGGGCGUAUCUGUUGAUGGACUGGGCGGAUCGACGGUAA